AUGAGCGAUAACGAUAAGAUUGAAGGUCCUGCGAGGACCAAGAUCCCUUACUGGCGAUUGGUCGCUGACCAAGCUGGUAUCACACCCGAAGUCGAAAACUACAAUUACGAUGGUUCAGGUACAGAGGAGGACCCUUACAGAGUGAAAUGGAUCCCCAAUGAUCCCCGAAACCCCAUGGAGUUCAGCCAAGUCAAGAAGUGGUUCAUCACCAUGACUGUCGCUCUCACAACUCUAGCUGUUGCCCUUGUGUCAUCAGCCUACACUGGCGGUAUCCGACAAAUCAUCAUGGAGUUCCAGAUCAGCCAAGAAGUCGCUACUCUUGGUGUGUCGCUCUUUGUCUUGGGUUUCGCAAUUGGUCCUCUUCUGUGGGCGCCUCUGAGUGAGAUGUUCGGUCGUCAAUACCUCUUCAUUGGUACCUACGCUGCCCUCACUGCCUUCAACUCUGCUUGCGCCGGCGCCAACAAUGCCGCUGCUCUCAUUGUUCUGCGAUUCUUUGCGGGCGCAUUCGGCUCAUCGCCUCUUACCAACGCUGGUGGUACCAUUGCCGAUAUGUUCCCCGCUUCCCAGCGUGGUCUCGCUAUGGCCAUCUUCGCUGCCGCUCCCUUCCUCGGUCCCGUCCUUGGUCCCAUCAUUGGAGGUUUCCUUGGUAUGAACGCUGGAUGGCGAUGGGUCAUGGGCUUCCUUGGAGCAUUCUCUGGUGCUCUUUGGAUCCUUGGUACGCUCCUCGUCCCCGAGACCUACUCUCCAGUCCUUCUCCGUCGCCGUGCCGCCAAGCUCUCCAAGAUGACCGGCAAGGUCUAUGUCAGCCAGAUUGACCACGACCGUGGCAAGGUUACCCUUGUCGAGUCUUUCAAGACUGCCCUCUCUCGACCUUGGAUUCUUCUCUUCCGAGAGCCUAUUGUCCUCCUGCUUUCCAUCUACAUGGCCAUUGUCUACGGAACCCUCUACAUGCUUUUCGGUGCUUUCCCCAUCGUCUACCAGCAGCAGCGUGGCUGGAACGCUGGUGUCGGUGGCCUUGCUUUCCUCGGUAUCAUGGUCGGUAUGCUUGCAGCUAUCGGAUACACCAUCCCCAUGAACAAGCGAUACGUCAAGAUUGAGCAAGAGAACGGUGGCUUCGCUCCUCCUGAAGCUCGUCUCCCCUCAUGCCUUAUCGGUUCCAUCUGUCUUCCCGUCGGUCUCUUCUGGUUCGCUUGGACCAACGGUCCCAACACUCACUGGAUGGUCAGCAUCGCUGCCGGUGUCCCCUUCGGCUUCGGCAUGGUCCUUGUCUUCCUCAGUGUCAUGAACUACCUCAUUGACGCCUACACUAUCUUCGCCGCCUCUGUUCUUGCUGCCAACUCCGUUCUUCGAUCUCUAUUCGGUGCUGCUUUCCCUCUAUUCACCAGCUACAUGUACCAGGACCUUGGUAUUCACUGGGCCUCUUCUGUCCCUGCGUUCCUCGCCCUGGCUUGUGUUCCCUUCCCCUUCCUCUUCUACAAGUACGGUGCUUCCAUUCGUGAGAAGUGCAAGUUCGCUGCUCAGUCUGCUGCCUUUAUGCGCAAGCUCCAGACCGACAACGCUGCCGCUUCCGAUGAGGAGAAGAAGGACGAGGCUGCCCCCGCCGAAGAGACCUUCGACGACGAUGCUUCCACUGAGGUCGAUGAGCCUGCUUAUGCCCCCAUCACAGCAAGCAGAACUCACCAAUCCACCCGAUCACACGCCUCUCGUGCUUCGCGCGCGUCUCGGGCUUCAUUUGCGUCACGCCGCAAGUCAUAUGACGGAAACCCUUACGACAUUGACCGCGUCAACACAAGACAAUCAUUCACAUAA